AUGUCCGCACCGAAGGUCAUAAAGACGAGCUCCACUCUGCCAGACUCCUCUCCGCAAAGACCCUGGUCCCACCAUCUGACCCUGGACACGCUCUACCGCGUCCUCCAACGAACGCUCCUCUCCCCCUUCCUCGCGUGGCUCGUCGUCCUCUGCCUCCGCGCCCAAGUGACACCGCCCACUGACCCAGCCUUCUUGAUCACGGUCGCAUAUGCUGUCUUUCUAUCUGUGCUCUUCGUCGCGCAGACGAUUAACCAUCGCGUUGCGUAUGGUGUCCCGCGGACAGUGGACUCGGAUCGAGAGGUGGUGCUGAUUACCGGGGGUGCGGUGGCUGUGUUGGAUAUAAAGGAGUUUGGUGGGAUCGGGGAGCAGGAGGGUCUGUUCGGGGAGGGGGUAUGUUAUUACCAGUGUGAUGUUGGGGAUAGGGCGGCUUUGGAGAGUGCUAAACUUGAGAUUGAGAAAGAGCUUGGCACCCCGACUAUCAUUAUCAAUUGCGCUGCGGCAAGAAUCAACGGUGACAGGCUCUUGAACCUCAAGGCGGAUGCAUUUGAGAAAACAGUGCGCACCAAUCUUAUGGCUGCGUUCCAUCUCUAUCAAGUCUUCCUGUCGGGUAUAAUAACGAAGGGUGAGAAUGGUGGCACCAUUGUCACCAUUAGCUCGGUUUUAGGCCAAUUAACCCCAGCGGGCUUAACCGACUACUCGGCCAGUAAGGCAGGGCUCAGCGCACUGCACCGAACAAUGGAAGCGGAGCUCCGCGAGCAUGAGCAGAUAAAGAUGUUGCUUGUCGAAACGGGGCAGAUGGCCACACCGCUGUUUGACUGGGUCCCCACACCGAGCCAUUUCUUUGCACCAGUGUUGGAACCUGUGGAAGUGGCCCGUGAAAUCGUUGCAGCAAUUGAUAGCGGCCAUGGUGGCGUACUCCGAUUGCCAGCAUUUGCGAAACUGGUCAAUUUGUACGCUAUCUUGCCAGCCGCGAUUCAGCGGAUAGCUCGAUAUGUGAGCGGCAUUGACAAUGCCGUGGCUUCGGGAGACCGUAAUGGCCACGAAGCUAUGAAGAAGGACAAUUGA